GGACCAAAAAACGAGUCUUUGUUUCAUAGGACUUAAAAUCACUUGUUGUACAAAAAUGCCCACCAUUCAGUUUUUAUUUGAAUUUAAAAUUAAAAACGUAAAAUUAAAAUAUCAUGAAACCCUAAAUUUUCACACCAAGAACGUCAGCCUGCCUCAACACAAUUGCAACUUGUUGCCGUCCUCGCCACCGCCUGCUGCUUCCAUCGCCGCUGGCACCACCCUCCGACCAUCACCAGUGGAAACUCGACCUCCAAGCACCGCCGUCGGCGUCGUCACAAGUCUGGCUCAAAAAACUGCCAAAUAGUUGACAGAUUCAAUCUUGGAGAUUCAUUUGAAAUCUUCCAUGAACACGGAUUUUAAAUCUGCCACACAUUUGGCCGAUUUAUCUUGAGAUAGUAACACAAAACUGCCAUAUAUUUGGCAAAAACUUGAAAUGAAAAAAGAAUCAGAAAAGCCAGUUUACAUAGAACUUUUUUGCCAUAUUAUGAAAGUCAGUGUGCAUUUCUGCCAUAAACAUGGCAAAAUCCUAUGCCAUCAUCCACAACCCAGAAAAAAUAGAAUUUUUAAAUACUAAGAAAUAAGAAAUUUGAAAUACGAAAAUAGAUCUUUGAAAAUUGGCAAAAAAUGUGUCAAAAUCCUGAAAAACGGAAGAAUAGAAAUAUGAAGGAGACGAUGAACGAGAAGCAAAAGGAGAAGAAGGAGAAGCAAAAGGAGGAGGAGGAGGAGAAGAAGAAGAAGAAGAAGAAAACCAGAAAAAAACCUGAAAUCCGAAGGAAAAUAAAGUCGAUGGUGGUGGAUGGCGAAGGCGGCAAAGUGGAGGUAGCAGAGGCGACGAAGGCAGAGGCGGUGCGACGGAAGUAUCGUGCGGUGGAGUUGGCAACGCGGCAGAUCUACGGGGAGAAGGUGAGAUGCAGUUACUCUGCUUUGGUGUAUGGAGAAUGAAUGCUCGAUCUAAUAAGAGGGAGAAGGGACAAAGAAUAAGUAAAUGGGUGCAAGGGCAAAUUUGGGAUGGUAAUUUUCGUAUGUUUAAUAAUAGGAGUAACUUGGUCCUAUUAAUGGAAGAACAUAUCAAGUCCUAUUUUUGCAUUUCUCUCCUAUUUUAGUCCUAUAUAAGACAAUUACUUUUUUGUAAAUGAGUGAUGGGAGUAAUUAAUGAGAAAGAGCGGGCUUGGACGUUAGCCUAAAAAGUUUCGUGGUUUUCUCCCUUUCCUGGUUUCCACGUAAAAAUAGCUAGUUUAUACACUUUUAUAUAUUUAUUCAUUUUUAUACCGAAUCCAUGAUCCCUAAUAUUCGAAGUUAUGUUGGGCUUUCAGAUCUACGGGACUAAACUCAACAUUGGCGUCGUCUGUGGGAAUCUUGUUCAAAAAUAUUCAUGUGUUCUACACAAAAAUUGAUACAGGAUGUGCUGGAUUCGUGGGAAAAGAAGAAGAAAAAUGGAAACUUUGGAAAGAGUCCAGCUUGAUCCUUGGUCACUACCGCAAACUCAGCAGGACGUACUGGCCAGAUGGCAGAUCACCGAAGGAAGAUGGCCAGCAAGAGAAAACCAGACCGAUGCUUAACAAAAAAAACCUCCAGAUGCAACACUGCUGCCAUAUACUCAGAAAAAUGUUGAACCGCCGCGGUAGUAGGGCCAAAAAGAGUAUGAACCAGCCAUUAGAAGGCACAAUCGGUAGAAGAAAAUGAUGAGUGGGUCCCGCCAGCCCACUGACUCGAUGACACCGCAAAUGGGUGAGAUGACAGAUUCUGACAGCAACACAAGUGCAUGAGAUGACAGAUUCGCAGUUUCCCGAACCGGAACUCUCGAACGCCAGAACAAAUGACUGCACCGACUUAACAUAGCCGGGGCCCGAGCGGGAGUAGGAGUUUUUUUGUUACUACCAAGCGUGCUCUGUAUCCAGGGUGUAGCCCGAACCAACAACGAAGACGCGGAGAAGGCUGGUCAUACCCCGCUGAUGGCUGGUCAACACACGUCAGAACGGUGGAGUCAUCCCUCCGGCCGAAACAGCUCAACAUAAGAAAAAGAG